UUUGGCAUUUUCCAUACCUUUGCCUUUUGAUUCUAUUCAUACACUUCAACUAAAUUUAAUUUCCAUACACUUAUAUAUACGCACUUCUAAUAAGCACACUGCACAAUUAAUUAAAGUACACUCUAAAUACCAGUUAAUUAAAUCAAGUAUAUAUAUAUAUAUAUAUGUCUGAAAACAAUAUCCGGUCUAGAUUUCCGGUAACCCGGAGAACUAGGAGCAGAGUACUAAAACCAUCGUUGUCUGGUCAUAGGAGGCAUACGCCUGUGCCAGUGAAUCGCCGGUUGUCGAAGCAGCGUAAGGAUAGUAAUAAGAAUCUACAGAGAUGUAAAUCAGAACCUUGUGUUUUGAAAAUUGGAUUAGUUGACUUUGAAGAUGAUGAUCGAAGGGAUGUGACAACGCCAUCGUUGGAAAUCCUUUUCAGACCACAAACUUGUUCGGACAUAUUCGUGUCUCCUGAUUAUCUUAUUUCUGGAUCUCCACAGAGUUUUCAGGGUUACAAGAAGGAUGCAAAAGUUGUGGUUGAUGUAACAGUUGAAGGAAGUCCAGGGCCAGUCCGAACCAUGGUCAAGUUGGGAUCCAGUGUAGAUGAGACUAUAAGGCUUGUCGUGGACAAGUAUAGCGAAGAAGGCCGCACUCCUCGUCUUGAUAAAAAUUCCGAUUCAUCUUUUCAAUUGUACCAGUCUUACUUCAGUCUUCAAAGCUUGAGCAACACAGAUGUGAUUGGAGAUGUUGGAAGCAGAAGUUUUUAUCUUCGAAAGAGUAAUAGUCAUGGAAGUAACCAAGAAAUAACAACAGAGAUUACUCCAGUUAAGCCCAAUUCCCAUUCACUCAUUGUUCUCGAUGGAUUCUUUGCUCGCAAGAUAAAUAAAAUAAUUAGAAGGACAUGUAAGCUAUGGAAAAUCCUUGGUUGCAUGCCAUGUUCUGGAUGAUAUAAUAUAACUAGUAAUAGAGGUGAAUCAGGAAUUUUACAUUAGUGUGGCUUGCACUUACUACUAUUAUUUGAUAGAGUAGCAUGAGUAUUAGAUUUGCUACUCAAGAUAUCAUACUCUGUUCCGUGUAACUUUUAUUCUCCUCAAUAGUAAUGGAUUUAUAAGAUGCAUUCAUUUGUAAA